AUGGCUAAUAAAACUAGCUCUACCAUUACCAAAGCAACAACUCCUAAACCUAUAACUAAGAAAACUGCCACUACAAGGACUCCCGUACGUACAACUAAGACAACUACCACUCCUAUUACUACAGCUACUACCAAACCUACAACUGAGACAACGUCCACUCCUGCCACUACAAUUACUACCAAACCUUCAACUAAGACAACUGCCACUCCUACCACUACAACGACUCCCAAGCCUACAACUAAGAAAGCUGCCACUCCUACCACUACAGCCACUACUCAAACUACUACAACUACUACCAAACCUACAACUAAGACAACUGCCACUCAUACCACUACCAAACCUUCAACUAAGAGAACUGCCACUCCUACCACUACAACGACUCCCAAACCUACAACUAAGACAACUGCCACUCCUACUACUACAGCCACUACCAAACCUACAACUAAGACAACUGCCAAUCCUGCCACUACAACGACUCCCAAACCUACAACUAAGACAACUGCCACUUCUACUACUACAGCCACUACCAAACCUAAAACUAAGACAACCACCACUUCUACCACUACAACCACUACCAAACCUUCAACUAAGAUAACUGCCACUCCUACUACUACAACCACUACCAAACCUACAACUAAGACAACUGCCACUCUUACUACUACAGCCACUACGAAACCUACAACUAAGACAACUGCCACUCUUACUACUACAGCCACUACGAAACCUACAACUAAGACAACUGCCACUCCUACUACUACAACCACUACCAAACCUACAACUAAGACAACUACCAUACUUACUACUAAAACUACUACCAAUCCCAUUACCACUCCUACAACAACAGCUACCUUUAUAAAAACGUAUCCUGUAACAAAGAAGAAAAGGUUAAAGAAGCCUCGCCACCAUCGGAAAACUACCACCAUUCCCUAUUAUUAG